CCGGAUCUUCCAGAAAUCAACCGACGCCUUCAUAUCUCGAUUUGAAUUGCGUCCAAGUUUCCGUAGCAGGUGGCAAUCAACUGAACAAUGAGUGACGUAUUCGGAGCGCAGUAUUUAGUGCUGCCAACUGAGGCGGAGCAGAUCGUGGAACGAUUGGAAGGUCAAACACUGGAGCAAAUUGGGCGAUCCACCCAAUGGCUCGAGCACCACCAUGCCAUGGAGAAGCUGAACCUGCAGGCGCAUCAGUCUGCACAACGCAAGCAAGACAAUUUUGUAGUGGAGAGUUUGUUGACUUUCGACAAGUUCCCAGCCGUAAUCAGCAAUUUGCUGUCCCUGGAGCUUUGGAAGGCGAACAUCUUGCCACUUCUUCAGUGCCAAGAUAAAGACGCUGCGUCCUUACGACUGUACUUCGUUGUGUAUCACGAAGCGACCUUGACAAACCUUUUGGAGGUCGCAUUCUUCCAUGAGCACGUGGUGGAGAGUCUGACUGAUGAUCUACUACUCGAACUCGUCGACUACUGCAUGCGCAAGCUUUCAUGGCUGGUUGGUCUUCCUCGUGAACGUAUUGCAGAAGCCACGAGCUUCCACAAAUCUGGAUCGGAACUGGUACAGAUGAUGAGAGCUCAAAGUCCUCGUGAAGAGCUGCAACGACAGCGAAUGGAGAUCGAGUUCCGUGUGGCUGUGCAGACUGUCACUAUACUACGUUAUGUGGCGGAGAGACUUCAUGUUCUCCCACUGAGUGUUGUAUCCCGUCUAUUGGACAAACACGACGCUCUUCUCACAUUCGUGGCGCUUGUUGAGAACCCUCCAUGGACACACAAGGCUGUCGUCAAGUUACCACCAGCAAAAGACAGUGAAGAUCAGAGACUGAGAACUGAAGUCAAGUGGAAGAAGUUUGUCGACCAGAAAUGGGUACUUGUAGAGCCUAGUGAUCUACUGGCACUGACGACAACGGAAGCACAGAUUUGGCUAACGAUCUACUAUUUACUGUGCACCAAGUCGGCUCGUGAGCACUAUGAGGUGACGCAGUAUCGGAAGGAUCAGCUCCUACGCAUCCGCAAGUAUUUGAAUGAGCUACUGGUGGAUCAACUUCCUCUUCUCGCAGACGUUCAGCGAUAUCUGGAUGAACUCGCUAUUGUACAGGUGGGUAGUACGUCUGUACUGGGCAAGAAUGGUCUGGUCAUGGAAGCGGUGCCGUAUUUGCGCGACAGUAUACUGCGUACAUUUCGUUUAAGAUACAAGGAAUUAGCCCGUGAAUUCGACGAGCGUAGUGUUAGCUUUAGCCGAGGAGAGGACCUCAAGGCGUUGGCUGAGUUGUAUCAAAUGGAAGGAGUCGAGGAACUUCUGGAAGGUGGAAACUCAGCAGCCAAUGACGACGACGAAAAUACUGAAGACAACAAUGACAGUGAAAGAGAUCUGGUGGAUCUUGUGCCUACUCGCGUUAAGCUCGAGUUUUUAAACUCAGCACACAAACAAUCUAUUCCAGACAAGAAUGCGUUGAUUGUGGAGCUGGACAACAAUGAGGAACCGGCUCAGAGUGAAGCUGACAUGGUGGAAGUCGAGCUCAUUGUAGACCAGGAGAGCCGAAAGACGAUGGAAUCUCGAACGCAGCGAUACUAUCGCUAUCGUUUGCGCCAGGACGAAAAAUCUAAAAAGACAGGCUUUAUCCAGAGUCAUGCUUCGGUGGAAGCACACGUAUGGUUUACUGGUUCGGAGAAGUCUCGAGAGCACGAGCUGAGACUGUCGUGUGACGAUCUUCAGCUUCCUGAAACCAAAGAAGCUGAUUCAUCCUCUGAUCAGACUCCACUGAAAGUCGCUAGGAGCACUUUUGGCACCGCUACCUGUCGUCCUCGAUACCGUAAGGGCCUUGAUGGAAACCCAUUGGCGCGUGUUGUAGAUGGCCAGUCCAAGGGCAAGAAUGCCAUUCGCCACACUAGCAGUAUGCAGAUCAGAGACUUGGUCGUCGUCGUCAUUCUGGUUUUUAAGCUGGCGUUCAUUUACUCAAACCACGGGGCCAAGGACGCGAACGCACCCAUCGUGUUCGAUCCAGUCAACCUUACCCUGCAUCUCAAGAAGGAUAUGAGUGGUUUGACGGAACGCACUGGGCAGACGAAGAUUUUCUACCUGUGGAUGAAGAAAUCGUAA